GCAGUGUGCCUUUGACACGCUACUAAGAUGAGGUUGGAGAAGUGCUGGUUCUGUUCUUCUACGAUUUACCCAGGCCAUGGGAUUCAAUUUGUUCGUAAUGAUGCAAAGAUUUUUAGAUUUUGUCGAUCAAAAUGCCACAAAAACUUCAAGAUGAAGAGAAAUCCACGCAAAGUAAAAUGGACCAAGGCUUACAGAAGAUUGCAUGGAAAGGACAUGACUCAGGAUGCGACAUUUGAGUUUGAGAGGAAGAGAAAUAGGCCUGAAAGAUAUGACAGAAAUGUCACGGAGAACACUCUCAAGGCCAUUAAGAAGAUUGAUAAAGUCAGAGUUGAUAGGGAGGCCAGACACCAUGCCAAGAGGAUGAAAGGAAAGAAGGCCCAGUUGGCAAAAGAGGCAAUGAAUGAACUGAGCCAGGGCAUUAACUUGGUCAAAGCUCCUGUUGCUUUACAAAAGGAUCCCUCACUCACCUUGCCUAAGACCAAGGUCAAGGUUUCCCAACAGCAAAUGGAAGACAACCGAAUGGAGGAGUAAAUGAAUUGCUUCCGUUUUGUCGUGAGAGUUUAGUGAUGUGUAGUAUAUAACCAAGAAUCAAUGUGUUGGGUUGUCAUUGGUUUGGAUAAGAUGAGAGAAUGAUUGAGAUUGUUGUGUCUUCACAGAUUAUGGCAUGGGGUUCUGAUUAUGGGGUGGUUUUUGUGUUUCUUUAUUGUGAUAUUGUUACUUUCUAAAGAUUAUUUUGACCGGUUGUGAGACUGUAAGUCUAAUGAAACUGGCAGGUUUUGAAUUUGUGGACAUCAUCUCGAAAUCAUGCAUCUUUAGGUUUGUUUUUGCACCGGCUGAGGUGAAGUUCAAAAAGCUUAUUUCAUGAAAUUUUUCUUCGUGUUGUUGAGGUUA